AUACAGAGUUAAAAAAAUACUCCAUUUGAAGUCGAUUAGAUCCGAUAUAUAAAUAGAUUCGAAACGUUUUAUUUCGCGAUCGCGAGACGAACUCUGUUUUAAGUUCUAAAGUGAAAAAUGAAACGAUUCCUGAUCUUGUUGUGACGUAACGAGCCCGAAAUUCUCUCCUCCUUUCUUCCUUUAUUACUGUAUGUUACCAUUUCUUUUGAUCGCGUUCGAGUUUCGGGUACAAAACGGAAUUUUCUUUUUGUUCUCGAGAGAGACUAUUUUUAUUUUUUUGUAUCUUAUUAAACGGGAUCCGGGGGAAAUCUUGAACACGAUACGAGACGUAUGGUUUUAAAAAUAAGGUAAACAAAGAACCGUGUCCGACAUAAUUCUGGCCUCAAGUAGUGAGUCGACGGGUAGCGACGGUGGUGAACCGCCUCGUAAAAAAUCCCGGAGGAAAAGCAACAACACGACGACAACUACGACGUCUUCUACUUUCGAAGAAGGCAACAUGCAGGCCCCGAAUAGCAACGGUUGCGUGCAGCACAAUGGGGCCACGUCCAAUAAUUCAUCUACGACUCCUAACGGUUCAUCAUCGUCCUCAAAUGGGGCUUCCGAAAAUGGACAUGCACUUAUUACUGGGGAUAAUAAUGGGGCUAUCAAUGAUACAGUUGGAACUCACGUACAACUUAACAGAACAAAUCAGGAUAUUGUUAGACUUAUUGGACAAUAUCUUAAAAAUGAGGGAUUAGACCGCACUGCCGAGCUUCUAAUGAUAGAAUCUGGUUGUCGUUUGGAUCACCCUGCUGCUGCAAAAUUCCGCCAACAUGUUAUGGAUGGAGAUUGGAGUAAAGCAGAUCAUGAUCUUCAAGAAUUAAAGAUGUUACUCGAAGGUUCCAAUAGUUUAGUGGAAAUGAAAUUUUUAUUAUUGGAACAAAAGUACUUAGAAUAUCUUGAAGAUUGCAAAGUUCUUGAUGCUUUGCAUGUCCUUCGUAAUGAAUUAACCCCCUUACAACACAACACCGAUAGAGUACAUCAAUUGUCCAGUUUUAUGAUGUGCUCAAGUGUGGAGGAGUUGCACGCGAAAACAAAUUGGGAAGGAAAAGGUUCAAAAUCGCGGAGAGCUUUAAUGGAUAAAUUGCAGUCGUAUUUACCACCAAGUGUUAUGUUACCACCGUAUAGACUGAAAUCAUUACUUUUACAAGCAAUCGAAUUGCAAACAUUGAGGUGUACGCAUCAUAAUACAUCACAAACAUUAAAUUUGACAAAUACUUCAUUGUUGGUUGAUCAUGCUUGUUCGAAAGAUUAUUUCCCCACUCACACUAUACAAAUAUUAAAUGAACACACUGAUGAAGUUUGGUUUUGUAAAUUUUCCCCUGAUGGUAAAAAGUUAGCCACUGGUUCUAAAGAUUGUAAUGUUAUCAUUUGGGAUGUUCAUCCAGAAACAUGCACAAUAUCUCCAAGAAAAACUUUGGAUGGGCAUAAUUAUGGAAUAGCAUAUAUUGCUUGGAAUCCAGAUUCUAUACAUUUAGUCGCUUGUGGUCCAGAAGAUAGUCAAGAAGUAUGGUUGUGGAAUACAGAAACAGAGAAAUGUCAGAAAGUAUCUCAAACCCCCGAGGAUAUUUUAACGUGUUGCGCAUGGAAUAAAGAUGGCACGAAAUUCGUGGUUGGAGGCAUCCGGGGACACUUUUAUCAAUGUGACAUGGAUGGGAAUAUUUUGGACACGUGGGAAGGGGUGCGCAUUAAUAGUUUGUGGUGUAGAAAUGAUGGAAAAUCAGUUCUUGCCUCGGACACUCAUCAUAGAAUUCGAAGCUAUAUUUUAGAAGAACUUUCCGACCACACUUUGAUUCACGAAGAAUCAUCAAUAAUGACUUUCACCGUCGAUAAAAACGAUCGUUUAGCGUUAUUAAACGUGGCAACGCAAGGUGUUAACCUGUGGGACUUGCAAGAUCGAGUGUUAAUUCGUCGUUUUCAAGGAAUUACUCAAGGUCAUUUUAUGAUCCAUUCAACAUUUGGGGGUCCAAAUCAGGAUUUUGUGGCAAGCGGAAGCGAAGACACGCAAGUUUAUAUUUGGCACAUACGGAAUGAGCUUCCAAUUGCGGUUUUAUCCGGUCAUUCGCGUACCGUUAAUUGUGUGAGUUGGAAUCCGGUUUAUCAUGAUAUGCUUGUAUCGGUUUCCGACGAUUACUCAGUGAGAGUUUGGGGCCCAAAGGAUAAAUUGAACGGCGAUGGUGCUGGGGUUAGUUUGGGGAAUAAUAAUUCAGUAAGUUGGAACGACAUGGUUUUUUAGAGAAAUGAAACAAAUGUAGAACGAGGGUGUGAGCAAUAAAGUAAACGAAAAUGGUGGAGAAAUUGUUCUCUUUUUUUAAUGGAAGACAUUUGAUUUUUUUUUAAUAUCGAGUAAAUUAACGUAAGUUAAUUAUUAAUAAGUGAAUGAAAAUAAUGUUAAGUGUAAUUGAGUAUAAAUAAAAAGUUGAUCUGUACGCUACUAGGUAGAUUGUACUUUUUUAUAAUAAUUAUUAUAACGAUGAUGUUAUACAUAAUGAUUUAACCGUGACUUUAAUUUUUAAGCGAACCAAACGUUUCUUUUUCAUUAAAAAGAUGUAGGUAAGUAACUGAAGGUUUAAAACGACGUUUGACAAAACAGAUUGUAAUUUAUAAAGAGAUGCUUAUCUAUUAAAAACGAAUAUUAUAUUU